AUGGCUUCCGGUUUCGGUAACAACGGCGGUCCUUCCCGCUGCUACAACUUCUGGCAGGAGGUUCUCGGUUGCUACGUCGUUAACGGCGGAGAGGGUGAAGCUGGCAAGAAGAAGUGUGUGCCCGCUCUGGAGGAUUACUACGAGUGCCUGCACCACAAGAAGGAGGCUCUCCGCACGAUGAAGAUGCAGGCCGCCUACCGCAAGGCUGAGGCCGCAACCCCCCGUGAAAACGCGCCCAAGGCGGAACAGAUUCGCAGUCUGGGACUGCUAGGGAAAGAGGAGGAGGCAGCGGCAUUUUUGGCCAAGGCUUGA